CAAACUGCCAUCACCCACACCUGGUAGGGUCUCGUCCCAAGUCCACUCCUUCCUUGGACAGUUACACAUUCAUUAUUUUAUCCCGUGUUCAUCGCAUCCAAACAUCACGUUCUUUUUAAGCUUCGCCUCCCAAAAGUUUGGCGAGCUAUGAUUUCCAACAUGGGCAGAUCGUUGGUCCUAAUACUUGUUGCUUUGAGAGGCCUCGACUUCUUUGUGCAGGCUAGUCUGAUCCAUCCCCUCCAAGAUCAACGUGCGGAUUAUCAAGCGACGACUCCUCAGCCUGAUCGCUCAUCCCUGGCUUCUUCGGGUGGUGACACUAGCAAUGAUCGCGCAAGUGGUGCUACAACAAACUUUCAUUUUGAGGUCAUAUCCGCUCCAGCUGGCUACGAAGAAUGGACUUCACCGGUCGUCCUACCAACACCUGUCCAACAAGGCGAAUCUCCUUGGACAGAUUCCAUCGAACGCGCCAAGAAAUUCGUUGCCCAACUGACGAUCGAAGAAAAAGUUAAUCUGACCACCGGCUCGGGGAUCGAAGGCAGAUGCGUCGGACAAACGGGGACGGUGCCCAGACUGGACUUCCAUCAGCCGAUCUGCUUGCACGACGGCCCAGUCGGAGUCCGUUCCACCGAUUUCAACUCCGUCUUUCCCGCCGGAAUCAAUAUCGCUGCCACAUUCGACAAGAAUCUCAUGUUCAAACGCGCCGAAGCUUUGGGCCAAGAAUUCAGGAACAAAGGUGUCAACGUUGCACUUGCACCGAUGACCAACCUUAUGAGGACUCCGGAGGCUGGGCGUUCAUGGGAAGGUCCGGGAGCCGACCCAUACAUGGCAGGAGUUGCCACCGUGCAGGCCGUCCUCGGGAUCCAGUCCACCCGUGCUUCAGCUUGCGUCAAGCAUUACAUUGGUAACGAGCAGGAGCACUACCGAGGUGGAAGUGGUGGAACAGCCGCCAGCUCGAACAUCGACGAUCGCACACUGCGUGAACUCUAUGAAUGGCCCUUCGCUGAAGCAAUUCAUGUUGGGGUAGACUACAUAAUGUGCUCAUACAAUCGAGUUAAUCAAACUUAUGCUUGCGAAAACUCGGCGAUGAUCAACGGGGUCGCCAAAGGAGAACAUGGAUUCCAGGGCGUAUUGGUCACCGAUUGGGCGGCGGCUGCAUCGGGCGUGAGAACAACUCUAGCUGGUGCAGACAUGAACAUGCCUGGCUUCAUGGAGUACGGGCAACCGUCGGAGUCGGACCCUUCUACGGCCAAGAGCUCCUACUGGGGCGUGAGGAUGAUCGAAGCGAUCAAGAAUGGCUCAGUGCCGACCCAGAGGAUUGACGAUAUGGUCACCCGGGUGCUCUCGACCUACUACAAACAAGGCCAAGAUCAGCCAGAUUAUCCGAGGCUGAACAUGGCCAACUUCGGCCAAGGCACUCCAGAAGACCAAAAGAGUCUCAACAAGCACGUCAACGUACAGGCAGACCAUUACAAGUUAAUCCGCGAAAUCGGAGCGGCAUCAACCAUCCUCCUCAAAAAUUUCAACCACACUCUGCCGUUAAGAUCACCCAAGGAGUUGAAGACUGUCGUGGUCAUUGGUAGCGAUGCCGGCGACAAUCCCAAAGGGAUCAACUCCUGCGUUGCUCGGGGUUGUAACAACGGUACUCUGGCAGCCGCAUGGGGCUCAGGUUCGGCCAACUUUCCAUACUUGAUCGCUCCAGCUACGGCGAUUCAGAACUACGUGAUGCAAGCCAAUCCAUCGAUCAGCUACCAGUCAAUCUUCGACAACUAUGCCUACAAGGAAAUCAGUGAAGCGAGCGCCCAAGCCGACGUUGCGAUCGUCCAUGUGAGCUCUGAUUCCGGCGAAGGUUACAUCACCGUCGAGGGCAAUCCGGGCGACAGAAACAAUGUAAGCUUGUGGUUCAACGGCGACGACUUGAUCCUCAAAACCGCCCAGGUCUGUAACAAUGUCGUCGUCGUCGUUCACGCCGUCGGCGCUGUCGACUUGGAACCUUGGAUCAAUCAUCCUAACGUCACAGCCGUACUGAUGGCCGGACUACCCGGACAAGAGAGCGGAAACUCGGAGGUGGAUAUUCUCUGGGGACACGUCAAUCCAUCCGCAAGAUUGCCGUAUACAAUCGCCAAGAAACACUCCGAUUAUCCGGCCAGAGUCCUGUCGAAUUCAGACAUGAAGGUCCCUCAAAUCAAUUACUCAGAGCGACUGAAGAUUGAUUACCGACAUUUCGAUACCUACAACAUCCAGCCUCGCUUUGAAUUUGGAUUUGGUCUGUCUUACACCACUUUCAAAUACGACUCAUUGAGUAUUUCCAAAGCAAACCCCGGCUCUUCCCGAAGAAACACGAAAAAUGUCUCCUCAAAACCGGAUCCAGAUCUCUCACUAUACGACAACCUGCUGAAGCUUCAAUUCCGAGUCACGAAUACCGGCGAGCUUUCUGGAAACGAGGUUGCUCAAUUGUACGUAGGCUUCCCCAGCGAAGUCGACGAGCCUCCCAAGGUGCUCAGAGGUUUCGAACGGGUUUUCCUGGCCAAAGGGGAAACUAAAACCGUCUCUCUUGACCUGAGAAAGAAGGAUCUAUCAUAUUGGGACGUGAUCAGUCAAGCUUGGGAGGUUCCCAACGGAUCGUUCACGUUUAUGAUCGGUUCUAGCAGUCGGAAAAUCCAUCUGACCCAAGAAUUAGAAAUCUAGUCAUCCAAACCUCCCACUCUUAUAAGAUCACUCAUUCCCAUCCAUACGGUGGUAUACCCAAAACAUUCGGAACAUUUCGUCUCUAUAUUGUAUUCCAUUCUUUCGUUUCAUGAACUGUAUGUUAAUGUUUUCUCUAUACACACAUAAGGCGUGAUUGAUUUGUCUUGAAGUUGGAUCCAUGCUUUGUAACUUCAAAUUUUGCCUGAUCAAUGGAAGUUAAAUCGUGU